CCAGGGCCUUUGCCUUGGCCUCGGCCCCGGCCUGAGGGAGGGAGGGAGGCAGGGAUCGCAGGUGGUUACGAGCGGGAGGCCCCGGCCAUGACCGAUUUCAAGCUGGGCAUCGUGCGGCUCGGCCGAGUGGCCGGGAAGCAAGAUAGAAGUUGCUGACCUCCUGGUCUGGGGAAAGAGUCUGGUCCAGGAAAACCUUGCUGGUGGUUUCCAAGUUGGUUGCCCUGCAGCUAACUCUUGAUAGAUGCACCUCUGAGAGAGGCAAGUGGAGUAGAGGACAGGACAAAGUACACAUUGAUAGAUGAACAAGACAUCCCACUGGUGGAGAGUUACUCUUUUGAGGCACGAAUGGAAGUAGAUGCUGAUGGAAAUGGUGCUAAAAUAUUUGCUUAUGCUUUUGAUAAAAACCGAGGAAGGGGAUCUGGACGUUUACUUCAUGAGUUGUUGUGGGAACGACACAGGGGAGGAAUUGCUCCAGGAUUUCAAGUGGUACAUCUUAAUGCAGUAACUGUGGACAAUCGACUAGACAACCUGCAGUUAGUACCAUGGGGCUGGAGACCGAAAGCAGAAGAAAUCUCUAGUAAGCAAAGGGAGCAGAGCCUGUACUGGCUGGCAAUUCAGCAGCUUCCCACUGAUCCUAUUGAAGAACAGUUCCCUGUCCUGAAUGUUACUCGCUAUUAUAAUGCUAAUGGAGAUGUGGUAGAAGAAGAGGAGAAUUCCUGCACAUACUAUGAAUGUCAUUAUCCCCCAUGCACAAUGAUUGAAAAGCAGUUACGUGAAUUCAACAUCUGUGGCCGGUGUCAGGUGGCCAGGUACUGUGGUUCCCAGUGCCAGCAAAAGGACUGGCCUGCUCACAAGAAACAUUGUCGGGAGAAGAAACGAACCUUCCAGCAAGAGCUUGAACCAGAGCGAUGACUGAUCAGUGACAUCUCAGCAGUCAGAUUCCUGCUCGCAUGGGCAUCUGUGGACUUUUGUUUUUGCACAGUAAUAACAGACUGGUUAUUGAAGCCGGAAGCACUGAAGAACCCAAUGAUGCUUGCAUAGAACAGCCACUGUAUAGACCAAGCCACUUCAGGGGCUCUAUGUAAGGGGACAUAGCUUCCCCUCCAGUGUUAUUCUCAAGCAGAGACUACUGUGGAGGCUUCAAGCAGGAAGCCUUAUUAUUUAUAUGUUAAUAUGUUUGUAAACUCAUGUACAGUUUUUUUGGUUAGAAAUUACAAAUAGAAUCAUUUACUGUAAUCUUCAAAUGAGAAACUGUUGGGCCACAUGUCUAAAAAACUGUCAUGUAGCAAAAGUUCAUCACCUAGAGAGCUGGAAGCCACAGCAGCUGAGCCAAGGUCAGGGGGAUGGGCUUCCAGCAUCAGCAGUUACUUUGGAGAACAGUCUGCAUGGAAGUAAUAUUUAAAAAAAAAGCAAAGUAAAGGGUUGGAAUGA